UCUAAAGAGAGUUGGGGGUACAAGCCCAUCAAAUUCUGGACAAAACCUUGAAACAAGGCAACACAAGUUGGGUAUAAAGAAUGACAAAGACAUCCUAAAAAAGAGAGAGAGUGGCAUUUUGUAUGACACUUCCACACAAUCAGCAAGCGCUGUUUCUUUAGGUGAUAUCAGAGAAAAGGAAGCAGAAAAUUAUAGUAAGAACAGAUUCUCUUGUUUGUCAGAAGAACUAGACUUAGAUGAAAGAUGGUUUCCACUUCUUGAUUAUUUGAGCAGUUUUGGCCUUAAGGAAUCACACUUUAUUCAAAUGUAUGAAAGGCAUAUGCCAUCCCUUCAGAUAAAUGUUAACUCGGCAGAGGAAAGAUUGGGAUAUUUGUUGAGUGUUGGUGUCAAACAUAGAGAUAUCAGAAAAAUGAUUUUGAGACAGCCUCAAAUUUUGGGGUACACCAUUGAAAACAAUCUGAAGUCCCAUGUUGCCUUUUUGGGUAGCUUGGGCAUUCCAGAAUCGAGAAUAGGGCAAAUAAUUACUACCACUCCAUCCCUGUUCUCUUACAGUAUCGACAAUUCUUUAAGACCCACAGUCAAGUACCUUCUUGAGGAGAUAGGGAUUGAGAAGACUGAUCUAAGUAAAGUUGUGCAGUUAAGCCCUCAAAUUUUGGUUCAGCGGAUAGACAAUACGUGGAAUGCUCGUUACAAUUUUCUAACAAAAGAGUUGGGAGCACCAAGAGAGAGUAUAGUAAAGAUGGUCACGAAACAUCCUCAAAUACUUCACUACAGCAUCGAAGAUGGAUUACGCCCCAGGAUCAAUUUCUUGAGAAGUAUUGGGAUGCGCAACUCUGACAUACUGAAAGUAUUAACUAGCCUUACACAGGUAUUCUCUCUAUCUUUGGAGGGAAAUCUGAAACCUAAAUACAUGUACUUGAUCAAUGAACUUAGAAAUGAAGUCCAUUCCCUGACCAAAUAUCCAACCUACCUAAGCUUGUCUCUAGACCAGCGAAUUCGACCCCGCCAUAGAUUUUUGGUUUCCUUGAAGAAAGCUCCAAGAGGGCCAUUUCCUUUGAGUUCGCUGGUUCCAACUGAUGAAAGCUUUUGCCAGCAGUGGGCUGGAACUAGCUUGGACAAAUAUCUGGAUUUUCGGAAGAGAUUGCUUCUCAGAGAGUUUGCAAAGAAGUACGAAAGGCAAUGACGAGGUUCAUUCUUAUUCCUAGUCUACUUGGUAGUGCAAGAGCCAUAUUGUAUACCACACAGAUAGCAACAAAUUGAGAUACAUAUAUUCUUUUCCUGAGAGCACUUGUGCAUUUAGGUGAGUCAGA